AUGUACGUCCCUCGCCCAUUGAUCUCGAACCUCUACACCAACCUCAUUCGCUCGCAUCAUCCUCUCUCCCCGCCAGUUCUUCUUCUCGUCGCUCUCGAACCUGACUCGAUAUGCGCGUGCCGAAUCGUCACCUCGCUACUCAAACGCGACUACAUUCCUCACAAGAUACAACCUGUCUCUGGUUAUGCAGACCUGUCCAAGGCGGGUGAGGACUUGGUCCGGCCCAUGAAAACCACAGAAGGUGGAAGUGGUGGCGUUGUCAUAUGUUUAGGAGUGGGAGGGCUCGUUGACCUGGGGUCCAUACUGGGCCUUGAUGAUGAAGACUUGGCCGAGACAAUGUGCGGUGUGGAAGUAUGGGUCCUGGAUGCGAGAAGGCCGUACUCUUUAUCUAAUGUCUUUGGUGGCCUGCCAAUGGAAGCGCCAGUCGAUGGGAUGACUGACGUCAACACGAGACCUCGAGCUCCCGGCGUGGAGAAAGGCUGUAUACAAAAGUCCUACAAGUCCGGCAAGGGUGGUAUAAUCGUUUUCGACGAUGGAGACAUAGCCAGCGAUCUGGGCGACGAGAGAAAUGCGUACUAUGCGUUAGCUGAAAUGCCUGAAGUGGAAGAUGACGAAGACAGUGACGAGGAAGACGAAGUAGAUGAGGAAACCCCAAAUGUCUCGUCACCAAGAAAACGGAAAUCUUGGUCGGACAGAGAUGAUGAAGACCCAGAAAGCGACGACGACGAGGAAAGGCCUCGCCAAAGGCGGAGAAGUAAUUCGGGAUCCUCAAUUGCCUCAACAUUCCAGAGCAUGACUCCUUCCUCUUCUCAUCCGACCUCACCAGCCUCGGAAACACAAUCCCCGAAACCGCCAACAGUAAAGCGGUUGCGCAAACGACUACGAAAGUUACGAAAGGAACACGAAUCAGUCCUGCAAAAAUACCAUAAUCUAGGAACCUCAUAUUCCGAACCAGUCUCCUCCCUCGUAUAUUCCCUGGCAGCGGACCUGGGUCGAGAAGACAACGAUAUUCUCUGGCUGACCAUCAUUGGUGUAACGUCGCUUGAACUAUCUGGCCAUACGUCAACUGGCUUAGGGACUUCAGUAUCUACGUCUUCGACACUUCCACACGAAUACCAUAAAUCAUGGCGAUCAACUCGGUCGUCCAGGAUUUAUGCCAUCCUUCGUGACGAGGUUCGACGAUUGAAUCCUCCACCCGCCGAUCAAUCGCCCUCGAUAUCCCCGGGUACAGGUGGCACAAGCUCGCCCAGCGACACUUCUAUCCGCCUCUCUCCGGACCCUCGGUUUCUCCUGCUGAGACACUGGUCUUUGUACGACAGUAUGCUUCACUCCCCUUAUCUCGCAUCGCGAUUACAUGUCUGGAAUGAAUCGGGAGUAAAACGGCUGCACAAACUUCUGGCCAAAAUGGGCGUGUCCUUGAGUCAAUGCAAACAGACAUACACCCAUAUGGACAUGGAUCUGAAAAAGACUCUACGAGAACGUCUCCUGAAAUACGCCGGCGUUUACGGCUUAGAUGGUCUCGUUCCCACCGGCUCUGGACGGGUUUCCUACGAGCAAGAGGGCUGGGGCUUCAUUCGCUCAUGGGGGUGGAAAGCACAACUCUCUGCCGUAGACGUCGGCGUCAUUCUAGGCGCUAUUCUGGACGUUGGGACGUCUCAAAUCUCGACUUCUACUUCCUCCACAACCUAUACAGGGUCGUCCCAGAGGACAAACACAGCCGAUGAAAUCGCCGAUCGCUCGGAGGCCCUUCUUCCGCGCUUCUUUGCUGCGUAUGAUGCGCUUGCACCACACAAUCCGACACGACUCAUCUCCUUAAUCCCGGCCGCUCAACAUCUGCUCCGUUCGAUCCAUCGUACAGGCUCCUCUCUCCUUGUGAAACACCAGAUCCGGCACCUACGCGCCUUCCGCAUGGGUGUCGUCAAAGACGGGCCUGACCUGCCCUUGUUUGCCAAUAGUCCAGGCGCGCUGGUUAAGCUAGCUCUGUGGGUGGGCGAAGCGAUAGCCGUAAAUGAGCGUGAGAAGAAGGGUUCAGAGGGCGCGACGCCUCUGGUCCUAGCCGCUCUGGAUGAAGCGAGAGGAACAUAUGUCGUCGUAGGCACGGGCGGAGGGAUCGGUGGCGGAGAAGAUCUCGAGGCAAGGAAAGAGAAAGCGGAGCGCAGAGCCAAGAAAGACGCAGAACAAGAGCAGAAGCAGAAGAUCCGUGAGGAGAAGCGGGCGGCAAGGGCCGCCCAACGCGAACUCAAUGGCGACGACGAUGACGUCGAGGACGAAACCGAAUCAGAGUCCGAGGCAGACUCUGACUCCUCAUCCGACGGGGAAGAUGAUGCGGAAGCCUCGCAAAAGAAGAAACGCGGCUACGGCCACAAUCGAUUCGGUAUUGCGUUCCAGGAAGUGGUUGAGGAGACGAAUGCACGGGUCAAGAUCGACAGUUUCGACCACUGCAUUGUUGAGGUCAAAAAGGAAGAUCUCGCUGGAUUUCUGGAGGGGUUGAGCUUGAAGGCUGUUGUGGGUCGGUAG